AUGUUUUUAUGUGAUCUCACCACCACAUUGACCCACGAGUCUGGGGAUCUUCAACUGCCCUUCGAUGACGGACAAGCUCUUAUCUCACCGUGCUCGCCGCGGUACCUGGGCGAGUCAGAGAGCUUCAGCGACGCUCUGCACGUCUCCACACCCGACCCGCACGCAGGCGGCGUGCGCGACCGCCCACCGGAGCUCGGAGCGCCCCUCCGAAAGUCUCACCGAGAGGGCCAUUUGGCACUCCAAGAAUCCAUUUGGGUUGACUCACUGCUGUAA